CAGCCGGUCAGAGGAUGGAGGCGAGCUGAAAACACGUCUCAUUGGCUCCCGCUGCUCCAUUUAAAGGAAUCCAACUGGUUUGUCCUUUAAGAUCGUUCAGCAUCUCGUAAGGGCAACUUUAAACGUUCGCUAUUAUCUGAAUGGGAGCGUGCGUUUUGGAAGAUCCGAUUUUGAGCCACUUUUCUAUACAGUCUACGUAAGAGAAGCUCAUCGAUGAUCGACGAACGAUUUAAGAGCAGCAAAAAGCAGUGUUUCUUGCCUCGCUGAAGUACCGGGCUGUGAUAAAGAGAAAGAUUUCCGGGGCGCGCGAAGGAUCUUUAAAGCGUUACUUAAAGGGACUUUAUUCCAGAUCUAAAGGAUGGAGAUAUAAAUGAUUAACACUUAUAUCGAUCGGCUGAUCUAAUAGCCUAUUACUCGAGUCGUGGAGCGAUGGGGCGCUUUUUUAUAAGUACAUGAUAUUUUCCCACGAUGUGGAGAGUUCGCCAUGCGCUCCUUUGGGAACCGCUGCUGUCGGUAACUUUUAUACCAUGGAUGCAGGAGGGCUGUCAACAAGUUUUAGGGCUCGUUUAUCUUCUGGAACGUGAUUCGAAUCGAUUCAGCGUUUGUGUGAGGCAAUUAGGCGAAGGCUGCGGGAUUUCUGAAGACUUUUGAGCAGGUUUUUGGCCAUUCAUUUAUCGCAGGAUCCGGAGAAGAUAUCGUCGGCUCUUAUGGGAAUUAAACACUCCUCCCGCUGUUUGCUCCUCAGGAGAAAAAUGGCGGAUGCGGAGAGCACUGAGCAACAGCCCCUGAGUGCCGCCCCAUCCCAGUCGGUCCAGCCAUCUCCUCUGCCCAAACCAGUAUCAUCGGUCCAUCAUGCCCAGAGGCCUACACACCCGUCCCACGCGCCUCACACCCCUCACUCAGCCAGCUUACCCAGCUGCCCCGGCAGAGGAAAGAUGGCCAAGUUCCUCAACCCCGACGAGAUGACCUCCAGGGAUUACUAUUUUGACUCGUACGCCCACUUCGGCAUUCAUGAGGAAAUGCUAAAGGACGAAGUGAGGACGUUGACAUACAGGAACUCCAUGUACCAUAACAAACACAUCUUCAAGGACAAGAUCGUGCUGGACGUGGGGAGUGGUACUGGCAUCCUCUCCAUGUUUGCUGCCAAGGCCGGAGCCAAGCACGUGUACGGGAUCGAAUGCUCAAGCAUAUCAGAAUACUCUGAGAAAAUCAUCAAGGCCAAUCACCUGGACAGUGUUAUAACCAUCUUUAAAGGGAAAGUGGAAGAGACAGAGCUGCCGGUAGAUCAGGUGGACAUUAUCAUCUCAGAGUGGAUGGGUUAUUGCCUUUUUUAUGAGUCCAUGCUCAACACGGUCAUCUACGCCAGAGAUAAAUGGCUGAAACCCGGAGGUCUGAUGUUCCCAGACAGGGCUGCUCUGUACGUGGUGGCCAUUGAAGACAGGCAGUACAAGGACUUCAAGAUUCACUGGUGGGAGAACGUUUAUGGUUUUGACAUGACCUGCAUCAGAAACGUAGCUAUGAAAGAACCACUGGUGGACAUCGUGGACUCAAAGCAAGUGGUAUCCAACGCAUGCCUGAUCAAGGAAGUGGACAUCUACACGGUGAAGCCAGAGGAGCUGUCCUUCACCUCCUCCUUCUGUCUGCAGGUCCAGAGGAACGAUUACGUCCACGCUCUGGUCACCUACUUCAAUAUUGAAUUCACCAAGUGUCAUAAAAAGACUGGCUUCUCCACAGCACCAGACGCCCCGUACACACACUGGAAGCAGACAGUGUUUUAUCUGGAGGAAUAUCUGACUGUGAAAAGAGGAGAGGAGAUAGUCGGCACCGUCAGCAUGAAGCCAAACGAGAAGAACGCACGUGAUCUGGAUUUUACCUUCGAGCUGGAUUUUAAAGGUCAGCUAUGCGAGGCCGCUAUCGCUCACGACUACAAGAUGCGCUAAGUGUCCAGCAGCGGCGAGAGACGGUUCGUGACGGCACUCAGAGAAGCAGAGGCAGGGGCCGCCCCGGAUCACGGCUACAGCCCUGCUGCUGGAAAAAGACGGAAACGGAGAGAAAGACCAGCACACAAGUUGUUAUCUCUGGGAGUCUUGCCAACGUUUUUGGAGCGGGGUGGCACUUCUAGCAAUAGCGGCCUUGCCUUCGCCGACUCUAGCCUGCACUAGUACGCCAUCUCUCCGACCCGACUGUUCUGGGGCCAGCUGACUACACCCCGCUGCAAACAAAAGAAUGUCAUGCUCUUAUGAAUGUUAAGUGUUAGUGUACGGUUACUUUGCUUUUGCAUUAGGAGCGUGGGAUGAGAUAAUUACUAUUGAAGGUUGUGCUUCCACGUCCCAGGCAUUAAAAUAUCUCAGUUUAAUAUUAGAUUGUGAUAAUUCAUUUGCUGGACUUUUCAAACUAUUUCUCAAUGCAGUAAAGUAAGAGAUAUCAUAGAUUUAAAUCAGGUUUUAACGAAACCCAGGUCAUUUUCAGAAAAUAGUACUUUUUAUUUUGCGCUAAAAAUAAUUCACUGCUUACUUAAAUAUCAUCGGCCAACGCUAAGAACAAUAGGUUAUUUUUUCUGUAAAGCAUUAAUAAUGUUUUUUUGUGUGUGGUUUUUUUGUUGGCAAAUACAACUGAUGCUUUAAGAAACUAAUAUAAAUAAAUACAUAAAUAUUGAGUCUAUUAAAAUAAUAAGUCUAUUAAAAAAAAAUGUGAUUGUGAUUUUUAAUGGCCAAAAAAUUUGAUUUUUAAUCACCAAAAUAUUUUACCAAAAAGAUCAAUUAUGUUUAAUUGCCAUGGAAUCAUUUCUUUUUAUUUAUUUUUUUAACUGAUCAAUUAUAUAUAGACCACAGAAGUAUAUUUGAAUUUCGAUUAAAGCUACAUUUUAUAUAUUGAUAUGAAUGGGGGGCAUCCGAAUUGGAAUCAAAUUGCAUGACAGUUUCAUACUGCUAUAAAAAAAAAAAAACUUAUAUAAAAUAUCAUUUAUGUUUUAUUUUAAAAGGUACGUGAAUUACACACCAAAUGCAAUCAAAUCAUUAGGUUCUGCAUCCUAUUAACUAUAUAUAAUACAUAGAGAAAAGUCCACCAAUUAUAAAAUGUAAGAUCUGGGGCAUCGCUAACGGUUCUAAACCAAUAAAUAAAUAAAUAAUCGAUAUUAAAAAAGACAAAAGAGUGACUGCAAUACAGCGACGUGAUAAAAAAAAAUGUUUUCUAGUAACUUUAUGAGACUGCAAUAUUUAGUGUUAGUAUUACGUAUGAUUCUAUGCGUGUGAAAUUACAUUUCCACUUACAUGAUAGAAAGAUGGAAGAAAAGAUGAAAACAGAAAAAGAGAAACAACACAUGAUACAUAUCAAAAUAUAGACGGCGUGUAGGUUCAGUCUGCGGUGAGAUCUUGAUAAGCCGGACUCAGAUGGCACCUGCUGCUCUUCACCUGUGCUCUUAUUCGAGUCUUUGCCAAGGCCAUGACUGGGACCGUCCCAGUCCAUCUGUGACCCCCAAGUCACAGCUGACUGUACUGUUCAAGUCCUCACCAAAGACAUUCGGUUCACAUGCAAAGCACAUUGUUCGUUAUGCGAUAUAUUAAUUGUCCAUAGUUUGUUUUUACUAUAGGUAUUUAUCUGAUUCCUCUGUGAAAUAUUGUGCAAUAUUGGGAAGUGUGAAUAACUACAGUAUGUUCUCUGUGCAAGGAAUGUUUUCCUCAUCCAUUAUGGUAUUUUAUGGGUGUUUGGUAUUGGAAUUUGUUUAAAAACUUGAUUAUUCUGCCAUGAUUUGAGCAUCUGUCAACAUAACGGUAAAUAAAAUAGUAAUUAAAACUAGGUAAAAUGUUUAUAGGUGUACAAUAGCAUGCCUUUGAAAGCGUUUGUGGCUGUUAAAGAAAUAAAGACAUGUUGCUGUUGUGAUAAAAACAUGAAAGUGAAACAAAAAAGACUUGUUGGUGAUGUAAGCUGGUAAAGCAAAUAAAAGUCAUUUGUUCGUCAA